UCCAACCAACGACCACUUAAACACAUCACCGCACACGGCCGCCGCGGGCAGCCCACCGGCCACCGCCAUCGAUCAACUCGGGCGGCCACAUACAUGACCGGCGCCACCAUGCCGCGGCGACGUCCAGCUUGUCCGCGCCGCGGCGUCGUCCCUCUCCCUCUCCUCCUCCUCCUGCGGCUCGGUGCCGUCCUCCUGCUCCUGCUUCUGCUCACCCCCGCGCCGGCCGCCUCAUCCGCUCCCGGGACCACCACCACCGACACGAUCACGGCGGCCGCGCCGCUCGCGGGGAACCGGACGCUGGUCUCGGCGGGGCGGGGCACGUUCGUGCUGGGCUUCUUCGCGCCGGAGGGCGGCGCGGAGGGGCGCACGUACCUCGGGAUCUGGUUCAACCGCAUCCCCGAGCGGACCGUCGUGUGGGUGGCCAACCGCGGGAGCCCCGUGCUGGGCCCCGCCGCCGGCGCCGCGCUCCGGGUCCUCCCCAACGGCAGCCUGGCCGUCGCGGGCGGCGACGGCGCGGUGGUCUGGGCCACCCCGCCGCCGCCGGUGCCGUCGUCAUCAGCGGCGUCCGGCGACGCGAUCGGUGCUGCCGCUAACGCCACUGCGCAGCUCCUGGAGGACGGCAACCUGGUGCUGCGCGUCCCGGGGGCCGGCGUGGUGUGGCAAAGCUUCGACCACCCCACCGACACGCUCCUCCCGGGCAUGAAGCUCGGCGUCGACCUCCGCGCGGGCCUGGACCGGCACCUGACCUCGUGGCGGGCGCCCGGGGACCCGUCCCCGGGGGAGUACACCUUCCGCCUCGACCCGCGCGGCUCGCCGGAGCUCUUCCUCUACCGCCGCUCCGCGCGCACCUACGGCAGCGGGCCCUGGAACGGCCUCCAGUUCUCCGGCGUGCCCAACCUCCGCUCCGCCGCCCUCCUCACCUUCCGCUUCGUCUCCAAGCCCGGCACCGAGGCCUUCUACAGCUACGGCCUCGCCGACGACGGCGCCGCCGUGCUCACGCGCUUCGUCGUCGACCCCUCCGGCCAGGUCCGGCGCCUCGUGUGGAUCGACACGACGCGCUCCUGGAGCCUCUUCUGGUCCUACCCGCUCGACGAGUGCGACGGCUACCGCGCCUGCGGGCCCUACGGCGUCUGCAGCGUCGACCGCUCGCCCAUCUGCGGCUGCGCGCCGGGGUUCGACCCGCGCUUCCCCGCCGAGUGGGCGCUCCGGGACGGCUCCGGCGGCUGCCGCCGCCGCACCGAGCUCAACUGCACCGCCGGCGACGGCUUCGCCACGCUCGCCAACAUGAAGCUGCCGGAGUCGGCCAACGCCACGGUCGACAUGUCCCUCGGCCUCGACGGGUGCCGCCGCGCCUGCCUCGGGAACUGCGCCUGCCGGGCCUACGCCAGCGCCAACGUCAGCAGCCCGGGGGCGCCGGGGUGCUUCAUGUGGACCGGCGAUCUGCUGGACAUGAGGCAGUUCAGCAAUGGCGGACAGGAUCUCUUCGUCCGUCUCGCCGCGUCCGAUCUACCUCUCAGCACCUCCUCAGCAGAGACUAAUUCAAAAACGGCAAGGGUCGUCGUGAUCAUUGUCCCAUCGGUCGUUGGACUGCUGUUGCUACUAGUUGGAGUUUGCAUCUGUGUCAAGAAGGUCAAGAAGCGCCGGAAGGAAGCUACUCCCUUACCGUCGAGGAACGCACAAAGCACGCCUUUCAGACGAAGGAACCAGAUUGCUGCAUCGAGUGACGCUCAGGACGAUUCCCUGCACAACGGUCAGGGAAACAACAAGGAUUGCGAUCUCCGUUCGUUCGAUGUGGAGAAGAUCCAAGCUGCCACCGACAACUUUUCGAUCCACAACAAGAUUGGGCAAGGCGGAUUUGGCCCGGUUUACAUGGGGAAGCUUGACAACGGGCAGGACAUAGCGGUGAAGAGGCUGUCGCGGCGGUCGACGCAGGGGCUCCGGGAGUUCAAGAACGAGGUCAAGCUGAUCGCCAAGCUCCAGCACAGGAACCUCGUCAGGCUCCUCGGCUGCUGCAUCGACGGCUCCGAGAGGAUGCUGGUCUACGAGUACAUGCACAACCGGAGCCUCAACACCUUCCUCUUCAACGAAGAGAGGCAGUCGAUGCUGAGCUGGGAGAAGCGGUUCAACAUCAUCAACGGCAUCGCGCGGGGGAUCCUGUACCUUCACCAGGAUUCGGCGCUGAGGAUCAUCCACCGGGACCUCAAGGCCAGCAACAUUCUGCUCGACAGGGACAUGAACCCCAAGAUCUCCGACUUCGGCGUCGCGAGGAUAUUCGGGACGGACCAGACCGCCGCUUACACCAAGAAAGUGGUCGGAACAUACGGGUACAUGUCCCCUGAAUACGCCAUGGACGGGGUCUUCUCCACCAAGUCCGACGUGUUCAGCUUCGGCGUGCUGGUGCUCGAGAUCGUCAGCGGGAAGAAGAACAGAGGGUUCUACCACAACGAGCUCGACCUCAACCUCCUGCGAUACGCGUGGAGGCUGUGGAGGGACGGCCAGAGCCUGGAGUUCAUCGACCCGUCCAUCGCGGACACGUCCAACGCCAUGGAGGUGCUCAAGUGCAUCCAGAUCGGCCUGCUGUGCGUGCAGGAGCAGCCGAAGCGCAGGCCGACCAUGUCGGCGGUGACCACGAUGCUGACCAGCGAGAGCCCCACGCUGCCGGAGCCGUGCGAGCCGGCGUUCAGCACGGGGAGAAACCACCACGACGACGACGAGGAGGACGACGGCGAGGAGGACCCGGAGGCGAAGGCCUGCCGGUCCGACAGCGCCAGCAGCUGGACUGUAACCGUAGUGGAGGGUAGAUAGCUAGCGACGGCAGAAGGAACAGUGUUUGCGUUGCGAUGUAAAUACAAAAACAUUAUAACCUCAACAGCAUUGGAUUCAGUUGUUUUACCAAUUAAUUGACUGAGGGCGUUGCUUCU